AUGUUGGUGGAACCAUGGGAGAGAAUAGCCAUUGACGUGGCGGGACCGUUUCCGGAGAGUGAAAGCGGUAACAAGUAUUUCAUGGUUGUGAUGGAUUAUUUCACUAAGUGGCCAGAAGUCUUCGCCAUUCCAAAUCAAGAAGCUUCAACAGUUGCUGAUAAGCUAGUUCAUGAAGUCUUCUGUCGUUUUGGUGUACCUUUAGAGAUUCACAGCGAUCAAGGAAGGAAUUUUGAGUCUCAAAUAUUCCAGGAAACUUGCCGAGUUAUGGGUACUCAUAAAACAAGAACGACUUCUUAUCACCCGCAAUCUGAUGUAAUGGUAGAACGAUUUAAUCAGACAUUGGAGAGGUACCUAGCAAAAGUUGUAGACAAUCGGCAACGAGAUUGGGACAAGCACAUACAACCGUUUUUGUUGUCAUAUCGAAGCGCUGUUCACGAAAGUACAGCAGUGACACCAGGUUUCGCAAACUUUGGAAGAGAAUUACGGCUGCCUGCAGACCUGAUCACCGGGAUACCACCUGAUGCCCCACGCAGUAUAACCGAUUAUGCAAAUAACUUGCGGAACAAAAUUAAUGACAUUUACGAGCACGUCAGACAAUCGGGCCAGCAAAUGUCUGAGAAUACCCGGUAUGACCGCAAAAUGAACAACAAAGGGUUCGACGAAGGUUCGCUAGUGUGGUUGCACAAUCCAGUCCGCAGCAAAGGGAAAUCUCCUAAGCUUCAAGCUAAAUGGGACGGCCCGUACCGGAUUGUGACCAGGAUCAACGAUGUAACCUACCGGAUACAGAAAGGCGCAAGAGGGACUCCUAAGAUCGUCCAUGUGGAUUGCCUGGCGCGUUAUUAUGGGGCCGAUAAUGCUCGGGACGAGCAUGUCUUAGGAGGGGGCAGUUGUUUGCGCGGCUAA